AUUUUAAACACCUAGUUAUAUUCUGUCUUUGACGGCCAUUUCCAGUUAGAAGGCAGAGAGGAUGCUGCGGAUUAAUCUUCUUCAAAUUAUUUUUCUCUUCUAUAUCUCAUUGAAAUUUGGAAAUGGACUUGAAUAUCUAAAGUAUUUUUUCAAAAUAGAAAACUGUAGUUUGAAGGGAUGUAAAGCAUUCAUGACACUUGACGUGGAUGCCUUCAACUGUUCGAAGAAGUGUUUUGAAACUUCUGCAUGUAAAUCCUUCGUGACCAGCAAGAAAAGUCCAAGUUGUGCUUUAUACCGACGAGACUCAAAAGACAAGACACUAAUGAAAGUCAGUGAGACUAAUUUAUAUCAGUUGAGAAGAUCUGUGCCGACCAAGUAUAGAGACGGAAGAUGCCCUUUAGAUUUGAUUUACAAUACUGCUCUAUAUUAUAACAAUGAUCUGAAUAUCAUUGAUGGUAUUAAUUACACGCAAUGUCUGCUUGAUUGCGAAGCAAUACCAAAUUGCCGGUCGUUUGACUAUAACUCUAAUUCCAAAAGAUGCCAGUUGUCAACUAAAGAUCAUACAACUGUUAAAUUGAGUUUUAACACGGAGUGGACUUACACCGAAAUAAACAGAGAACUUUGGAAUGAUUUCAGACAGUCACAUACACUGGAGGAGCUCAACUCUGUCGGUUGUGGUGUAAGAGUUUUCGACUCUUAUUAUUUCGUUAACAAAAAAGAAAUUAAUGAUUUGACAGCUUUUUCAACUUUUACUUUUAAGCGAAAUACAUUUAACAACCUUGUAACCAAGACCGACACGAAAGCUCACUCAGUUUUUGAUUGUUCACGUAAAUGCUUGAUAUCUUCUCCAUGUAUCGCCUUUUCAUAUAGUAGUAAUUGGUGCCAACUAAAGAAACAAAAUUAACUUUAAUGGAAUUCACCCCAAAAUGAUCUACUUAUCAAUGAAAUAUGAGCAAGAAUUCAACGGAUCAUAUUUACUAAUACAUCGCAAUUAUAUAAGAUAAAAUGUGUAUGUUUCUUUAUGAAUAAAAUCAAUUUAAUUCA